AUGAAUAAUAAUAUGGCUGGAAAUGGAGAGUUAUCAGUCCCACCGGGAUUUCGUUUUCACCCGACAGACGAGGAAUUGCUGUAUUAUUACCUAAGGAAGAAGGUUUCGUACGAGCCGAUCGACUUAGAUGUCAUUCGAGAAGUUGAUCUCAACAAACUUGAGCCUUGGGAUCUCAAAGAAAAAUGUCGGAUCGGUUCGGGUCCUCAAAACGAGUGGUACUUCUUCAGCCACAAGGACAAGAAGUACCCUACCGGGACCCGCACUAACCGGGCAACUGCCGCCGGUUUCUGGAAGGCGACUGGCCGAGACAAGGCCAUCCACCUCAGCAGCUCGAGGAGGAUAGGGAUGAGAAAAACCCUAGUUUUCUACACGGGUCGCGCCCCUCACGGUCAGAAGACUGAUUGGAUCAUGCACGAAUAUCGUCUCAAUGAUGACAAUGCUGAAAUCCAGGAAGACGGUUGGGUGGUCUGCCGAGUCUUCAAGAAGAAGAACCACACCCGAGGCUUCCAACCCGAGCUCGACCCAGACGACAUCCCGAUUGUACCUUUUCAUGCAUCGGGCGGUUGUACCUCGGUGCAGAACAAGCACACUUUACCCGACCCGAACCCGACCCAGUUCAUGAGCUACUCGUUCGACCAUGGAAGUAACUCGACCCACCUCCCGCAACUGCUGAGCCCCGACCAGACAUUGCUCUCGCCCAACUCGUUUUUGCCCUCCCUACCGGUGGGCCCCACGGCCCUCGACGGGCAAGGGUCUCGGAACCUCCUUGGAUUAAAUCCGGCCAGCGGGUUCGUGCCGCAGGAGAAAUUUUCCGGCGACUGGUCGUUUCUGGACAAGCUGCUCGCCAACCAUCACCACCACAAUGUGGAACAACAGUUGGGGAAAUGCCAACAGUUUUCGCAGGUCGCUGACAUGGCACCGCCGCCAGCACAGCGCCUCCCGUUGUCUUACCAUGUGUUCGAGUCGGAAUUUUCGAGAUUUUCUAAGUAG